CAUUGGCUGUUUCUGAGCGCGGCAGCACGGCGGGCUGUGAUUGGGCCGCGGACGCGGUGGCCGCAGCCAGGCGCCGCCAUGACCUACAUCCCCAGCUGGGAGGAGUUCGUCCGGGCGGCCGAGAAACUCUGCAUCACCGACCUCAUGAAGGUGCGGGUGGUCAUCAAGUAUCGACACUGUGCAGGCCUUCUGUCCAUGAAAGUGACCAACGAUGUGGUGUGCCUACAGUACAAGACAGACCAAGCUCAAGAUGUCAAGAAAUUUGAGAAGUUCCAGAACCAGUUGAUGCGCCUGAUGGUUUCCCGGGAAUGCCGGAGCAAUCUGAUGGAAAUGGAGUAAAGCCAAGGGUACGCUGCUGGGUCCCUUGGUUGGAAGGAGCAGGAAAGACUUUCCGUAUGUGCUGUGUCUUGGAGAGAGGUGGUUGUGGGGUGUGGGCUGAGAGGCGAAGGAGCUUCGGGGGACUGAGUCGGUGGGCGGCUCCAUGAGGGAGGAGGCUGCAUUUCCCGGGACAGGGAAUGCCUCUCCUGCUGCUGGGCUGCUGGAUGACAGUGUCUCUGCUGACUGGCCCGAGAUGACGUGACCCCGAACUUCCCAGUGGCGACAUGUCUACAUCCACAGUCACUCCUUCUCCUUGAAUAUUCUGCAGGUUUUCUUCCUGUGGGGAGACUGCCAGAAACCUUGUACAGAAAUCGGAUAUGGAAAUAAAUGAUACUUGGCAGAA